AUGAACCUAGCUGUGGUCUCCCGAAAAAUAUCAUGUUUUCGUCAUAACACGUCUUUGUCUCUCCUUUCGCGUGUCCUCCCCGUUGAUGCUCAUGCUAUUCAAGCUCGGUCUGCGCAUGCGACAGCCACGAGGAGGCGAAGACCGGCCAACGACAGUAUAGAUUUAGACAGUUAUUCGGAAGAAGCCCAGCUCAAAUUCAUUCGUCGUGCACAAAUCGUCGGUCAAAAUCAGGGGAUUGAUAUAUGGGCUCAUCCUGUCGAUACUCUUGAUGUUGCAAUUCCGUACGCUACCGCGCCGUGGUCAAGAUCCAAGUUUUCAACUGUAAAAGAGCGGCUCUCGCAAUGGUUGUCAAACCAGAAGAACAAAGGGAAGAGCUUGUUCAGCAUGAUGCGUUUAGUCUCUUACGACAGCCUUCCGGGCAUUGACACUCAAAGUAUGGGCUUUAUGGGGGCGCUCCGCAUGCCUUUACAUCUUUGCACCUCGUCGUCAACCAAACCUACCUCCUGGAUAGCGCCACUGCGAAAAAUAUUACUCGAAAACUAUGUCUCGGUGCAGCAGGCUUUGGCAAAACACGACAAAGAAGAACUUUCAAGAUUGACACAACCACCCUACUAUCAAGAGGUAGAGAAACUCGUCAAGAAAGGCAAGGCAAACAACUACAUCUGGACCCUUCACCGCGAGGUCUCUCCAACGAAAAUCAUCUCCAUUAGAAGCACAGAGGGCCAUCUCGGCCCGGUGCCACCUCCAUACGGAAACCGUCUGCUGGUCAACGCUCUAGUCAGGUUCGAGACCGAGCAGAGCCUUGAAGUAUACGACGCUCAAGGAAAUGCGUUACAUACUCCUGAACCAGGCGCCUCAAAAAAAGGGCGUCGCGUACCUGCUGAAAAACGCCAACUUACAGAGUACUGUGUCUUUGAGAAGCGAAUGUACUACAACACUCCCUGGCAGAUCAAGGAGAGGUUAUAUCCUAAACUAGGGAAACAGCCUGCUCUUUAG